AUGGGUUCUAACACUCAGGCUCACCGGCAGCUUGACGCCAGCCGAUUAGAAUUCCACCUGACAUCCACUUCCAGGCUGGUUCCAAAGCCUGGAUCCGCUGAACUUUGGGCACAGAAUGUGGCGACUGAUCACAUGGUCACUUGUCGCUGGACAGUGGAUGGCGGUUGGGACGCCCCAGCACUGAAGCCAUUCGGAGACUUGACGAUUUCCCCUCUUGCAUCAUGCCUUCACUAUGCCACCCAAUGCUUCGAGGGCAUGAAAGUCUAUCGCGGGUUCGACAAUCGCGUCAGACUCUUCAGACCGGAUCGCAAUGCAAAGCGCUUGGUCACAAGCGCAAAGAGAGUUUCGCUACCAGAAUUUGAUCCUGAGCAGCUUGUCGAGUUGAUCAAAGCUUUAGUCCGAGUUGAUGCUAAUAAAUGGCUACCAGAGCCCGGGAACUUUCGCUAUAUUAGACCUGCGUUGAUCGGGACUGGAUCUCAAUUAGGCGUUCAAAUUCCAAAAGAAGCCGCAUUAAUGAUAACCAUGGUUUGUUGGCCUGACUUCUCGUCGGAGUCCCCUCCAGGACAAGAACCAAGGUCAGAUCUGCGUCUGAUCACCUCUAAGAAUGAUACCAUCAGGGCGUGGCCUGGUGGCUUCGGCUAUGCCAAGGUCGGUGCCAACUAUGGACCUAGCUUCGCGUCUCAUUGCGAGGCACAGCGAGCUGGCUAUGAUCAGAUUCUAUGGCUUUUCGGUCAAGAUGGCGAGGUGACGGAAGCGGGUGCUAGCAACUUCUUUGCGGUUGUGAAGGAUGCACAGACUUCAAAACCUGUGCUAAUGACAGCACCCUUGACAGGAAAAGUUAUUCUCGAUGGAGUGACUAGAAGAUCCGUCUUGGACUUGGUAAAGAGUCGACUCAACGGGGAAAUUGAGGUGAGGGAAGUUAAAUUUACCGCAAAUGAUCUCGUCGAUGCUUGGAGAGACGGCCUUCUCCUCGAGGCAUUCGUCUCUGGAACUGCGUUCUUUAUCAAACGUGUAUCGACCAUCCGAUUUGGUGAUCAAAACAUCGAUCUGCCACAGCACCAAGGGGACAAGGCCGAGUUCGGCACGUUAAUAAAGGGGUGGCUGCAUGAUAUUAUGUUUGGGGCUGAAGAUAAUGAAUGGGGUGUUGUCGUUGACAUAGAUGAAUGA